AAACAAAUCUGUUUCACUUCAGUCCAUUUCGUUGCUUUCUCACAUGGCAGCGAAUCCAGCUCAAGCACCGUUCAGGGAACAGCUGAGCGCGUUGGCCGCAUGUCUUGGCGUCUCAGUCGAUUUGGCGCCAAUUUCAGAACUUACCACCCAGCUUGCCCAACGCGCCAAGCUCAAGCAGCUUUUGAAUGGUCAACAAGCGGGCACUGAUGCUCCAACUGACAAGCAGAAAACCGAUGCCGCAGCUGCACUCCUGGAGUUGGAAUUAUCUCUCAGCUGUGCCAAGCUGGUGGUCCGCAAUUUGUUGGGAGCUAGGUUGCUUGGGGCGCUGAAUGACGAGCUUAACUCCAAGCUAGCUACCGACCAAAGUGUCCAGCAAGUCGAACAGCUGCGACGGCAGCUUGCUGCAACGAACAUCACUGGCCCCUCGUAUCCCACCGAUGUUCGCGAGCUGAAGCGUGCCCCGGACCAGCAACGAGCCCGGGAAGAUUGGCCUGAGGCUGUCGACCCUGUCUACCCACGCCACAACACGACCAAAGAGAUUCUGACCGAAAUUCACGAAUCGUUUUUUGGCACUCGCUUGGCUCGCGACCGAUUCAGAUUUUUGCAAGUCGCCACCAUGAGCGGUAUGGGCAAAACAACCUACGGCGCGAACAUUAUCACGCACCUCCUCAAGGCUCUCGAGAAUCCGGCAGCGGAUCUCGGCUUUCCAGAGAAGCACAGGUCAUUGUUGAUUAAUCUGCUCACCCAUUGUACGCAGACCGUCUUCAUUGAUUUCAACGGUCGAGGCGACGGUCUCGCAUCUGCAGAUGACUUUGGCACCGACGUCUGGCUUGCCAAACGUCUUGCUGCUCGCGGCCUGCUGGACUUGCCCAUCAAGAGAGUUCGUGAUUUGCUGAGUCGGAUGAGCGACCUCGACGUCAAAUCGGUCAUCCGCGAGCUCUGGCGACGCUUGCGCGAGCGCCAGCAGAUUCCCGACGAUGAACACGCUCUUUUGAUCAUCCACAUCGAUGAAUAUCAGCUCGCCCACCGCUUCCUGUGUGAACAUGAAAACAAGACCUCGCAAGCCGCCAGCCGCGCGCUUGCUGAUGCCUUCAAUGAAAUACUCGCAUGCAACAUGGGCUCAGAUGAGAACACUGUGGUGGUACUUUUGACAGCCACUUCAACCGCCGGUUUGACCCAGCACCCGCUCACGACUCAUAGGAUGAAAAUGGUGUAUCUGGAGCCGCUCCCGCUUUCUACUGCCCUAGACCUACUUGAGACGAAAUGGUUGGCAUCUUCAAGCCAGCUCCACCCAUCGUGGCGGGACAACGUCCAGUUUUGCCAGUUUGUUCAAGAUGUCGGCGGUGCUCCGACUCUCCUCCAAGACCUUUCGUGGCAUACUCAGCUCGGAGCAGCGCCCGGGAAGGACAACGUCAAAACUGUCCUUUGGCAGCUUGCAGGAUCGCUGCAACCCCGAACUACAAGCAACAUCGAAGCGUUUGCAAAGUCCACAGACAACAUCCUUCAGCUGGCUGAUCUCACGCUGACCCAGCAGUCUGUUCCGGCAUCGACAGCUAUUGAUCAGGUGACGAUUGAAAGGCUCGCAUUCGAAGGGAUUCUGACUCUGGCUCCAGGCGCUGUUGGCGAGGUCGUGGUCGGUUGUCCUAUUCCGUUCAUGAACUACCUGCUCAACCAGAACUUUGCAACGACUUGCGGGCAUGCAGUGCAUUUGUUUCAGAUCCCUUUCGAGUCUGUUGGAGACGGGGAUAUUUUCGAAACCGCUGCGCACUUGUCGUUGACGGCACAUCUCCGCUUGCUCGUUCAAACUGGUCAGGAUCGCAAUGUCGCCAGCCUUCUGCGCAUCAAAAACCUUACCGACCUUCGCGGUUUUGCUCAGGCUACCGCACUUCUCCACGCCUUCUCCCCGUCUGCUUCUUACGUGCCGAUCAUCGAGGACACGCAGAUUCUGUCCAACAGCAAUUCGACCUUCGAGUUCUUCACUCGUCGGGUUCAAGGAAGAAGCCCCUGGUCCCUCAAGCAAGAGGAUUUCGGCUCGAUGGCCUCCUGUGUUGACACCCCAGCAAGCCGCAUUCCGGUAGUUCAGACGCUGAAAAACACUUAUGGAGUCGACAUGUGGGUCUUGCUUCCCGCUGAGCACAAAUUGUACGCAAAGACGAAACCCGUGUUGCUUCUCUUCCAAUUCAAGCAUCGUCAAGCCGUGAGUCGAGACAAAUUUUUCAGAGAUACCCAUGACACGAUCCAAACGACUCUGAAACAGGUGACCGCAGGUGUUACAGACUCGCAGACCGGCGAGACCUGCGACGUACUGAUGGUCGUGAUGGUAUCUGGAACCGCGAGUCAAAGCCUGAAAGAAGCCACUCGUCUUGCGGCAGAUCGGAAAUGGGCCAAAGAACUGGCAACAUUCAACGAGCAACCCGACCCUCGUGUGAUUGUUCUCAUGGGCGAGGAUGUGCGCCGAAUUGUGCCUUUCAUGUGGUCGCGCUUUCCCGACACGGGUGACUGGGUCGUGCCGAACGAGGACGAUUCGUCCAGCCAGGAUUCGAGUAUGGCGGAUGGUUCGUCAAGCCAGACUGAUGAUUCUUCCACUGAUCAGUAGCAUUUGGACCUGUCUGUUUCUUGCUGUCUGUCUUUCAGUUCACGAAGCUCUUUGCUCGUGCUCUUUUUGCAAAUCUAUGAUGUGUUAGACAGCUCGACUGUUCCAACGACAACAUCUUUCCGUCAUUGCAUUGUUUCAACUUGUUUCGAACAAGUUCUUUUUGUUUCAAUCAGUUUUGGAACACGGUUUUUGUUGUUUGAGACUUUUGGGUGUUUGUAUUCAAGGCCAGAAAAAAAAAAUCAAACAAAAACACCACAACUUGAACAAACUGCAUUGAAAAAAAAAAAACCAACUUAACCAUGCACCAUAGUUUUUUUUUUUC